AUGGACGGCGGCGGCGGUGGCGGCGGUGGCGGCGGAAGCACAAGCGGCGACGAUGGGAAGCAGGAGAAGCACCUGGUGCUUGCCCACAAGCUCUUCCUGCUCUCCCACCCCGACGUCGACGACCUCUCCAAGGUCGACCUCCGCUCCGACGUCCUCUCGGCCGUCAAAUCCGAUGACAUGGCGCCACUGUUCGAGUCGCUGGCCGCCGCGGGCGUGCUGGAGCCGGAUGCCGUGCUGCUCUCCGAGAUGCGCGCCAGGAUCGACGAGGAGAUCCGCAAGCUCGAUGAGAAAGUUACUGAAGGAAAAACUGUAGCCAUUGGCCAGAAGAUGGAUCUUGUGUUCUACACUUUGCAAAUUGGCCUUUUCUACAUGGAUUUUGAUCUCAUCUCAAAAUCCAUUGAUAAGGCAAAGAAGUUGUUUGAGGAGGGAGGUGACUGGGAGAGAAAGAACAGAUUGAAAGUGUACGAAGGCUUAUACUGCAUGGCAACCAGAAACUUCAAGAAAGCUACCAGCCUGUUUUUGGACUCCAUCUCAACUUUCACAACCUAUGAGUUGUUUCCAUAUGACACUUUCAUCUUCUAUACAGUCCUCACAAGUAUCAUCUCAUUGGAUCGUGUAUCUCUAAAACAAAAGGUGGUGGAUGCACCAGAAAUCCUUGCAGUGAUUAGCAAAGUACCACACCUCUCAGAGUUUCUCAACUCUCUGUACAAUUGCCAGUACAAGUCAUUUUUUGUUGCAUUCUCUGGCUUGACGGAACAGAUCAAGUUAGACCGUUAUCUUCAACCUCAUUUCCGCUACUACAUGAGGGAAGUGCGCACUGUUGUCUACUCACAGUUUUUGGAGUCAUACAAGAGUGUGACGAUGGAAGCUAUGGCUUCUGCAUUUGGUGUGACUGUUGAUUUCAUAGACCAGGAACUUUCUCGCUUUAUUGCAGCUGGGAAGCUUCACUGCAAGAUUGACAAGGUCGCUGGUGUUCUGGAGACAAACCGGCCUGAUGAGAGGAAUGCUUUCUACCAGUCGACCAUCAAGCAAGGGGACUUCUUGCUAAACCGCAUCCAGAAGCUAUCCCGAGUCAUUGAUCUGUAA